GAGUUUCACAACUGAGCGGGGAGCGCUCUUUGGUCACGCUGGUGUUUUUUUUUUUACAAUCUGGAUUUCGGCAAGCUCAGACAACAUAAGUGUAGUAGCUGAAAAAAAAAAAAUCUCAUCCACUCCCAUCAUCGUCGUUCCAUUAGAAGAUUUAGCGCUUUAGGAGAUAGUCAGGCAGAUAUAAUUCAUUUUGAGAGGCUAAACGUCAUGAAGGAAUACAAUCACUGUGCAACGGAAGAGUACAAAGUGGAGACGAAAACGUCGAAGAGAAGAUGCAAAUUAUGGUCUCUAGUACUCAUCCUCAUCAUCAGCGUCAUCAUUCUCAUCGCCAUCACACUCGCAGUAAUUUAUACAAGUAGAUCAUCAGAUUCACAAUAUAACGACAUAGUCAGUGUCUCAGCACAUGGCUCCCUUCGGAUUCUCAAUAGAAAUUUUACUCCCGAACUCAAUGAGAGCCAUUCAGUUGAGUAUGAGGAGUUGGAGUCUGCCUUCAAAUUAAUGAUGGAUAUUAUAUUUUUGGACAGUGAUCUUGCAAGCAGUUACAAUUCAACACAAAUUGAAAGCUUUCGGUCAGGUAGUGUAAUUGUUAUCUUCAGGAUAAUUCUGACAGACCUUCCGCGUAAAUUCAUUGCUCUUCCAUUCACUUCACAUAAUCUCAUCAAGACCAAAGACCAUAUAAGACAUAUCAUUAAUAUGACGAUUCAUCGACACGCGACAGAGGCAGGGGCCGAAGCAGGAAUAGAGGUCGAUUUAAACUCACUCAUUAUUCAAGAAGUUUCGAUACAACAAAACAACGAAAUCAAAGAUAUUCCAAGCUGCAGACUUCCAACAGAAGAUGAGUAUAUUUACCUUCAAGAAGGUGACGUCAUAAAUGUUACAUCGCCUUGCUACCCAGAGGAGGUGGAGCUUCCAAACGGGAUAAGUCGUGUGUUCAUAGCACCGGAGGGAUGCAGGAUUAGAAUAUCAUUUUCUGAAUUCAAAUUGGAAGACGAGGUGGAGUACCUCUAUCUCGGAAGCGAGACCGAGCCCGAUGUCGUUGGAACGUUUAUUGCCCGAUUUACUGGCUACGACUUUCCUCCCGACGUAAUGAGUGCCGGACCAGGAUUAUGGUUACGUUCAUGGAGCUUUGCUGAAGUUAAUUAUGGUGUUUUUGAGGCGACAAUGACUGUGGUCAAGAAUGAAAUGGUUGACUUCGAAUGUCCACCAAAUACGGAACCUUGUCGAUACGCCUUGGAGUGUUACUCAGAGGAAGAGCAAUGUGAUGGCCACUUAAAGUGCCCUAGUGGCACGGAUGAGAUAGGCUGUGCCUGCUACCCUCCCCUAUCGUACUACAAGUGUUCAGACGGUCGCUGUCUCUCUCGUCAGUAUAUCUGCAAUGGUCCUCAGGGAUGUUCAGACGAUGAGGCAUACUGUGUCUUUACUUGUCCGAAUGGAAAGAACAUUACAGAAGUAUUCAUGUGUGAUGGAUUUAACGACUGUGGUGAUUAUGCAGACGAACGGCAAAAUUGCUCCUGUGAUAGUGAAGAUCAAUGGGAAUGCCCGGAUGGAACCUGUAUCUAUAAACAUAAUGUUUGUGACGGGUUUCCACACUGCCCUGGAGGGGAAGACGAGAUGAACUGUCAAUGUGAGAGUUGGCAGUUUCAAUGCGGUGAUGGUAGCUGCAUUCCUUACUGGGAUAGGUGUGAUGGUAACGACACCUGUGCAGAUAAAUCUGAUGAACAAAAUUGCCCUAAGUGCCCAGGAAGACUAUUCCAAUGUGCCUCGUUCCAGUGCCUAUCCAAAGACCUUGUAUGCAAUGGUGAAGAAGACUGUUUUGGAGGAGACGAUGAACGCGAUUGCCCCCCUCCUGCCAUAUGUUCAGAUGAUGAGUUUACCUGUGGUGAUGGCAAGUGUCUUCGUUCAGCCUUGGUAUGUGACAUGAUUCCUCAGUGUAUCAAUGGAUCAGAUGAAGCAUUUUGCCAUGAUGACGAAGAAUGUGAGUUUCGGUGUAAUAAUGGUGAAUGCAUUCCUGCUGACUGGAUUUGUGACGGAGUCGAGGAUUGUCUCGAAGGCGAAGAUGAACCUGACUGCGCGGAACAACAGCCCGAACCAUGCGAGGAGGGAUUUUUCCGAUGCCCGGAUAGAGAAUGCAUCCCGAAUAUUCUCAUUUGCAACGGUAUCCGAGAUUGUAAGGGCAACGCCGAUGAGCAGAACUGUACCGAAACUGGAUUAGAUCUUUGCCAAGGGUUCGACGAAAAUGACUAUUUCGUUUGUGAUGGAAAAGAAGACUGCCCGAGUGGAGACGACGAGAAAGCCUGCACAGUAUGCGGGAAGCGGCCAGCUGGUCGCCUGCGACGGCGUCGUAUGCUCGGUGGAAGAGAGGCAUCGGUAGGUGAAUGGCCAUGGCAGAUAUACCUAGCUUCUCAGAACGAUACCGAGGGGGUGAGCUGUGGCGGGACUGUUGUAAAUCGUAAAUGGAUCAUAACUGCUGCUCAUUGCAUAAGCACAUUCCAAAUUGGUAGAAUGGUGGUCGUAACCGGUGUCUCAGAUCGAUUUGAAUUAGGAGAGCAUGGCCAACUGGUCCAUAUAUCCGAUGUGUAUGAACACCCGGAAUUCUACUUCAGCGGGUACUAUUUGCUGUAUGACGUUGCCUUAGUCCAACUCAGAGAACCUUUGGUCAUGACGGACUAUGUCAGACCGGUUUGCCUGCCUGAUAGCGGUUUCGAACUGGAACCGGGGACGUACUUGACAUCUACAGGAUAUGGUGAAACCGGCUCCGGUUCGAUAUCCUCAAGUCUAAUGGAGACACGACUUCCACUUAUUCCGUCGGAGGUGUGUGUGAGGUGGACUCAGCAUUCUUUGGAAGAUGUGUUAAAGAUCGUAUGUGUGGGGUACGAGAAAGGAGUCCAGGGACCGUGCUAUGGAGAUUCUGGAGGCCCGCUAGUGGUUGAGAAGGACGGUUCUUGGUACAUUAUCGGUAUAGUUUCAGGCGGCGCCGAAUGUGGUGCUCCCUAUAGUCCAAACUUUUACACACGGGUAACAGAACUUCUAGAGUGGAUUGAUGAUGUCAUCAAUUUACGAUAACACCAUUCUUACCCCCAAAGAGAAGCAGCCUCAUUGUCGGCUAACUCAACACUCCUCGCAAUAAUAACACUAGGGAAUUUUAAAACCGAAUGAGUUUCUUCUGCCGAAUAUUGUCUGUUGUCGAAGCGAUUUUCAGCCCAGAUUAUGCACAGGAUGAACUUCGCUUGGUGGGGAGCGACUUAAGCAGAAUCGCGAACUGCUAUUUCAGCAUCAGUUCUUCCGGUGCCAAUGUUUUAUGUUUUCAAUUUUUAGACCACUAUUAAGUUUCAGGAUAAAUAAUACCAUCUAGGAUAUGCAGCAGUCAUAUUCUGGUUCAUAUUGAAGGCUUGGUGUGACCCACGUUUCGAGUCAUACUUGGUUCGCUAGUGCCCUUUGGUGAGGCAUUAAUCCUCAUUAACAGGUCCCUCGGAGAGGACCUUAAGACGUCGGUCCUCUGGUUGCUUGCUUACAAGCAUUCAUGCUUUCUUGGCAAUCAGGUAAAAUCACCACCAUUUUUGCCUUUCCGACAUUUUUAGAGCAAUAGCGAGUCAUGAUAAAAAUUAAAAUGUAUUUAAAAAAUUUAAAAAAUCACAUUUGGUGUAAUUUCCUCUUCAUGUCAUUAUCAUUUUUUUCUAAUGCAUAUUUGGUUUCAUAAACACUUCAUCUACACCGAUCUAUACCGAUUUAGUUCUGUUAGGUGAAGUGGAUACUGGGUUCUCGACCAAUUUGGUUUGGAUGAAGCUUUUUGUGGUAAUUAAAACGGGGGGGGGGGGGGGCCGGGGGUCUUCAAGUAUACCUAAUGGAAUGCUUUGACAAAUAGCAACGCACCUGGCUCAUUGCCAAACCUAUUGAAAAUGUGUGUUUUUAUUCUCCUUUAGAAGACCCCCCCGCCGCCGCAAGUCAUGAAAAUUCAUAUUGGGGUCCGGAACUUUUAUGGGAAAACUGAUUUCGCCCCCCCCCACCCCCCGUUAUGGCCACCAUAAGUUGCAGUGUUUUGAAGUCGGAUUCAUCUAUAGCUUUGAUGGGAAUUAAAAGAAUUGCCGAUUAGCCCUAAAUGCUACUAGACAAACUGGUAUCCCAUUUGGUCUCAAUGGGACUAGACCAUACGGGCGGUAGGCAAAGAGGAUGUAGACCAAAUACCAGCUUCUCAUUCGUGUCACAUGUCAUCACAAUUACUUUAUUUUCUUCCCCUCAAAUUAGUGAUAGGGGAGUAAAUACAUUGCACUAUUUGAACUAUUUAUUGAUAUUUUUAUAUCAUUCCAAUGUUUGUAGAUGGCCUCGUCGGUGGUAUAUGAAACGGACAUUUUGCUAAUUACAUGAUUGUUUUCAACAAAAAUAUGUUCACGUUUUUCGUAGGUUUGUAUAAGUCAAUUUGUUGUAUUAUAAACUAUACCUCAUUUGUGCACUUAAAAGGAAACCAUUAUUAUUACAUACCUGUACAUAAAACAAUCGCCCAUAACCAUGCAGGCAGUUUCUGGAGAUUAUGGAAACCAUGCGGUAUUGCGCAGGACUUUACAAACGGUUAGAUCAUGUUAAAUACAUGUGGGUUUGACUUUCGUCAUACAUAUUAAUGUCAUCAACUAUCUUUUUUAAUUCAAAUAAUAUUGUUAUGGAAAAAAAUUAAUCAUUUACAAUCUAAGUGAGAGAUGUCAUGUGAAAAUAAAUAUUUAAGCUGAGGGAAACGAUUUAGUUUUUACUUUUUCAGUUGCUGUAGGCCCUAAGUAUGUGGGAAAGUUAAUAAUGAAAAGCUUUAUGAAAUAUCGCCCAAUUAUAACUUCGAGGGGUCUGGUGCACCAAAUUUUCCGAUCAUUCAAUCCAAUUAACCAUUGUAGUUUAUCUUUUUCAUUUAAGAUAAAGGGUCUAUGUUUUUACUUGCGUCGAUUAGUAACUUGUAUGCAACAAACCUUGAAGAGUAAUCGUAUUCAAGUGGCUGUUUAUAUAUUAGAUUACUUUUUGAAAAAUAUCCCCUCUUAUAUAUAACAAAAAAAGAAAAAAAAUGUUCACAGACUAGACCCAUGCAUUUGCAGUUGCCAUCACUGAAACGCGCGUAUUACGGACUAUAAAUAGGUUUUAACACAUCUAUUUCUGCGACCUGACCUUGGUAUAACGAUGUACAUAAUGUAAGGGCCUCCAUUCGAUGUGCAUAUUUAUUAUUUUCUAAUAUUUAUUUCUUUCAUUUAUCUAUUAUUUUGUGCAUCAUGCAUGGGGUAUUCCUAUUAUGUUUCGUAAUUAGUUACUUGGCAAACUUCAGAAAAAAAAGAUAGUUGAGUGGGAGGAUCUAUUAACCUCGUUUCCUAUUGCCCGAGUACUCGUAUACCAUGUUAUUUAUUUCAUACAUUUACUCUUUUUGUUAGUAAGUUUUUAGAUUCAUAUAAAUGUUAUCCAAAUAUCCAGAUCGUCGUUAAAUACGAUUAUCCCAAUCAAAAGUACUUCGUAGUAUUCCUUGAUUUUUUAUAAUGGCAGUUAUCUAAUAGUGUAUUACCAUUCGUAUUUCGUGCUUGUAAUGCCACUUUAUAUGCGACAUCACAUGGUGAUUUAUGUUAAGUAUUAUGAACAUUAAUAUAUUUCAUGUAUAUAUCAGAAUUGUUUGUUCAAUAAAAAAUUAAUCUACAGUAGAGUCAGCUGAAUAAAUUCAAUCGUUGACCCCUAUGAUAUUUCUGUUGUUGACUCAUCCACCAAAAUUUUCCCGCCCCAUCUCUCUCUCUCUUUUUGUUUAUAUUCUCCUUUCCUUUCUUCUUACUUUUCCUUCUUUACUCUUUUUGUUUCUUUCAAUGUUGUUCUUCCUUACUUUCUCCGGCUUUCUAUCUUUCGUUCUUUCUUCCAGCAAACUCUGCUCGCCAGCACAUGCCGUUAUUUUAUUCUCUUUUAUUAAUAAUAAACUGGGUUCCAAAAUAAACUUAUCAAACUUUACAAAGACACUGCACAAAUUCCACUCAGUCAAAAUGAACAAUGUUUUUACACAGGCUAGCCUCAAUAAUCUUUACAAGCCACACGUCAGUAAUUAUGAGAUUGGUUCAAUCACAGAGAUGUUAUAGCCCCUCAUUGAUGUUGGUUUCAAAAUCCAAAGUCGUAAAACACGGUUUUAUCUGUUUGUGGCUGAGUAUAUCCCCGCUUGCCGGGAUAUCCUCAGGAGCGUUUGUGUGUAAUUGGUUGUCAUUUCAAAUUUUGACGUUAAUUUACUGUAGCUUCUUUGUGAUUGAGCCAAUCAUUACACUUACACAUGAAGGACAUGUGUAAUAAGGACAGUCAGUGGUCAAGUAUGUCCGAAAAUCCAAGAUGGCUUCCAAAAAUGGAGUCUAAAAUGGCCGCUGUUACAUACAAAUUGACAAAGUUCGUUUAAUAUGUGCAAGGAAGAUAAGAUUUUGGUGUCUAAACCAUGGUUUAUAGGGUCAAAUAAUUUGGACUAGUUAAAAAGACA